AUGGGUACUGAAUCUGCCGACAAUGGCCCCCAUAGCUUCAAAUUCGCGAACAAAUUGGACCCUCGCGUCGACAGCGACAACAUCAGUGAUGAUCCAGCUGCUUCAAAACUAGGCGACGCUAGAAACUAUGGCAAAGGCGGCCGUUCUGAGAACACUGCCGGCCCUCAUCGUCACGAUAUCGCAAACAAGCUCGAUCCUCGAGUCGAUUCAGAUCAAGAUAAUCGCGCCCGCCAUGAAGCCAUAACCAGCAGUGGUUAUGCGAACCCAAAGGCGGGACAUACAGCUGGCCAUCACGACUCUGAUGUGGCAAAGAAAAUGGAUCCCCGAAUUGACUCUGACUUGGAUAACCGCGCCGCCGUCGGUACGAAGCCGGCUUUCUUGGGAUAA